AAAAAUUUUAAGGCUGCGCGUGUCGAACACCGAGAGAUCGCUUAUUUCAUCAUGGAACAAUACGUUGCCGGGCUGGACGAUACCCUGACUAAAUUGGCUCUUGGCCAAGAUUCAGAAACCAUUAGAGUUGCUACAUCCACUCUGAACACACAGUUUUACAACACUUCCCAGUGUGUCCCUGCUUUGGUUGAAAUCAUCACAAAGUCUCCUCACGUACAAGUCCGUCAGUUAGCUUGCGUCGAGUUGCGAAAACGUAUUAGCAAGUGGUGGUUAGAACAAGAUGAAGCUACAAGCGCUGCCAUUCGAGCAAAACUUUUAGAUAUCGUUCUUCACGAACAGCAGAACUUGGUUCUCCAUGCUGCUGCUAGAGUUAUUUCUGCUGUUGCUCGGAUUGAUAUACCCGAAGGCAAAUGGCAAGAGUUGCUGCAGUUUUUGUACCAAUGCUGCAACAGCCCCAACGCCGCUCACCGUGAGGUCGGCAUUUACUGCUUGUACACCCUGUUUGAGACCGUUUCCGAAGUCUUCCUGGAGCAUUUGAGCAACUUGUUUGAACUUUUUGCCAAGACCUUGAACGAUCCAGAGAGCAAGAUUGUUCGCGUUACAACAGUUCAAGCUUUGGGAAAGGUCGCCGAAUUUAUUGAACCUGAAAACAAGGAGGAUGUCCGUAUGUUUAGAGAGAUGGUUCCCGGUAUGGUCAAUGUUCUCGAGCAGUGCCUGGCCGAAAGCGACGAAGAGAAUGCCGGAAAGGGCUUUGAAGUUUUCGACACCCUACUUAUGCUGGACACUCCUCUCCUUUCCAAUCAUCUUGCACAACUUGUUGAGUUCUUCUUGAAUGUUGGUGGUAAUCGCGAAAUCGAUGAUUCUCUUCGUGUCAUGGCCUUGUCUUUCCUCAUGUGGGCAGCUGUUUACAAGCAGAACAAGCUUCGCAGUCUUAAACUUGUUGGUCCUAUGAUUGAGAGAAUCAUGCCUAUUGGUUCUGAAGAGGAUCCCGAAGACAUUGAUGAGGAUUCUCCAUCCAGACUCGCUUUCAAGGUUCUCAACUCUCUUGCUACCAACAUUGCUCCUCAGCAAGUCUUCCCCAUUGUUCUCCAGAACGUUAUCAACUAUAUGCAAAACCCCGAUGCCAACUAUCGUAAGGCUGCUAUGAUGGCUUUUGCUGUCGUCAUUGAGGGUUGCGCUGAUUUCAUGCGUCCCAACUUCAACGAUCUCUUGGCUAUUGUGUGCCAUGGACUUAAGGAUUCCGAAAUCAUCGUUCGUCGCGCUGCCUGUAUGGCAUUGGGAUGCCUCGCCGAGGAACUUGAUCAAGAAGUUGCUGAGAACCACUCUACUUUGCUUCCAUUGGUGUUCAACCUUAUGAACGACACCAACCCCGAGAUCACCAAGCAUGCUUGCAAUGCUUUGGAUGCUAUUCUUGAAGGUCUUGGAGAUGACGUUGUGCAAUACUUGCCUAUGCUCAUGGAGAAGCUUCUUCAACUUUUGGACAAUGCUCCACAAACUGAAACCAAAGCUACCGUCACUGCUGCUAUUGGAAGUGCUGCUCAUGCUGCUGGUGAAGCUUUCCAACCUUACUUCCCUGAAGUCAUGCCUCGCCUUCGCCACCUUAUGACCUUGAAGGCUAGCAACGAUGAGCAAUUGCUUCGUGGUGUUGCCACCGAUUCCACUGGUGCUGUUGCUGAAGCCGUUGGUGCUCAGAUGUUCACUCCUUACAUUCAGGAUGUCAUGCAGCUUGCUAUCGAGGGAAUGCAAUUGGACUCAUCUCGUCUUCGUGAAUGCUCAUACUGCUUCUAUUCCAUUAUUGCUCGCGUAUUUAAGGAAGACUUCGCUGUCUAUCUCCCUACUAUCAUGCCUAGCAUUAUUGCCUCUUGCCAAGCUGAAGAGAAAGAUGACUUCAAUUUGGAGGGUGAAAUCGAUCUUACCACCAGCGAUUUUGAUGAUGAUGAUGACGGUUUCAGCCCAUUCAGCUUCAACUCUGCCAUUGCUGACGAGAAGGAAAUUGCUGCUGAUGCUCUCGGUGAGAUCUUUGAGAACACUCGCUCUCUUUUCUUGCCCUAUGUUGAGCCUACCAUGAAUGAGCUGGUUCUGCUUUCUGCUCACAUUUCUGAAGGUGUCCGUAAGGCUGUCACCAACAGCUUUUUCACCUUUUUACAAACCUUCUACGUCAUGUCUAGCCCGGCACAAUGGAUCCCUGGCUUGCCUUUGAAGUACACUGUCCAUGAGAACGUCGAUAGCAUGAUCAAGUUGGUCUUACCUGCCACUUUGAAGAUGUGGGAUGAAGAGGAUGACAAGAUGGUGGUUGUUCAAAUCUGCCAAGAAUUCGUCGAGACCAUCAAGAUGGUUGGUCCUGCUGUUAUUGCUGAUCACGUUGAUCCUAUCUGCCAACACUUGCUUGAGAUCUUCGAGAAGCGUGCCUUGUGCCAACAAGAGGACGAAGUCGAAGACGGUUUGGUUGACGAAGAUGAGCAAGCAGAGUACGAAUCAAUGCUUGUUGGAUCUGCUUCUGAUUUGGUUGGAGCUUUGGCUCAGGCUAUUGGAGAAGGUUUCUCUAACUACUUUAACGGAUUCUUGCCCCACAUCACCAAGUUCUACAAAAAGACCAAGACUGGUGCCGAACGCUCCAUGGCUAUCGGAUGCCUUGGCGAAGUUAUUGGUGGAAUUAAGGGUGGCGUUACUCCUCACACUGAGCAAUUGCUCACCCUCUUUUUGAAGGCUGCUGCUGACCAAGAGGAAGAAGUCCGAAGUAAUGCUGCAUAUGCCCUUGGUGUUUUGUCUGCCUACACCCAAUAUGACGUUAGCAGUCAAUACAACACCAUUUUGGGAGCUCUGUACCCAUUGUUCCAGAGUCAAACGUUACCUAAUGUUACUGACAACGCUGCCGGUGCUGUUGCUCGUUUGAUCCUCAGAAACCCCGAAGCUGUCCCUCUCGAUCAAGUUUUGCCAACAUUCACCACUGCACUUCCCCUUAAGCGUGACUAUGAAGAGAAUGAGCCAGUCUUUGAGUGUAUCUUCGCUCUUUUCCGAGCUAACAACAGCUUUGUCAUGGGACAUAUCCCUCAGUUCCUCCAUAUCUUCGCUCAGGUUCUUGGUGAGGAAGGUCAAGUCAAGGACCCUACCAAGGCUAGCAUGAUUGAACUUAUCCGCGCAUUGGAUGCUCAAUCUCCUAACCUCAACAUCCGAUCCAGCGAAUUGGCACAAUAUCUCUAAACCAAAUGAUCUCCAUGUUUUCCUCCCCCUUUUUUUUUGACCUCACAUGGCAUUCACAAAAACUCCUUUUUUUUACGAUACUCUAUAAUCCACUCAUAUGCAAAGCUUGACCUCUUUCUUUCUAACGUUUUCAUCUUUUCCCUUUCCAAGAUGAAGGGAAGAGAGAAAGUAUGUUCUAAAAUGUUUUAGUUACCAAGUAGAAAAAUAUAAACGAAAUAUACAACUAUAGCAUCAUUACAAUUGACACGCAACGG